UGACCAUGGCGAUGGUCUUUUCUGAAGACCAAGUGGCGUGUGUCUGUGAGGUUCUGCUGCAGAGUGGGUGUUUGGACCGUCUGGCUGCUUUCCUUCGUUCCUUACCCUCCAUCUCAUCUUCCUCCUCCUCGUACCUGGGCCUGCAGGGCGUGGAGAGCGUGCUGAAGGCGCGUGCAGCCGUGGCGUUCCAUCAGGGCCGCUUUACAGAGCUGUACGCCCUCAUAGAGGGGAACGUUUUCUCCCCCCGCAGUCACUCUCUCCUCCAGCAGCUGUGGCUGAGGGCGCAUUACCUGGAGGCAGAGCUGCAGAGAGGGCGUCCUCUAGGGGCAGUGGGGAAGUACCGCGUCCGCCGCAAAUUCCCUCUGCCUCGGACCAUCUGGGACGGAGAGGAGACCAGCUACUGCUUCAAGGAGAAGUCCCGGUGUGUGUUGAGAGAGUGGUACUGCCGGAAGCCCUACCCCUCACCCCGGGAGAAACGCGAUUUGGCCGCAGCCACCGGCCUCACAGCCACUCAGGUCAGCAACUGGUUCAAAAACCGCCGCCAGAGAGACAGAGCUGCCCAGGGCCGCAAAGGUCAACUGGAAGAUUCAAUGCCACAGCAGUUCUUCUGCUCCACUGGAACAUCUAGAGGUGCCUUCCAUAGUUCGGACGAUGACCUUUCACCUCCAACGAGCCCCAGAUCACUGUACCCCUGCUCCCAGCUCUCCUCCGCCCACCCGCCGCCUCUCAGCCACCUCGGGCCUGCUCCCUACUCUCCCUACUGAUGGGGGCCUAAUCUGGGUCUUGAAUGCAGACUGACCGCUCCGUUUACACUUCAGCAUGUUGGAAAUACAAGUAGAGUCUGAACACAGACAGCUGCUGCCACCUGCUGGCACAGCAGAGGAAAUUCAUUACUUGUUAGUCUGAUUCUGUUGGACGAAUUGUACGAGUAAAACUGGGCUAUACGGAAAAAUAUAACACCAUGAUACUUGAAGACAUGAAACA